AAUGUACGGAAAACAAUAAAAUAAAAAGAAAAUGGCUUUUUAAUAUGGCCGUAAAUAAAAAAAACAAUACAAUUAUAUAACCAAAUAGCCAGGAAUUAUAUAGUAUAAAUAGAAUUAAACAAAAGUCUGAAUAUACAUUUAUAAAUAUAUAUUUAUGAAAUUAAAAAAAAGUAACACUUCACAAUAAGGUCCUAUUUGCCAACAAUUAACGCACUAACUAAAAUGAACUAACAAUGAGUAAAACAUUUGUUACAGUAUUUAAUAUUUAGCUUUGUUAAUUUUAGUUAGUAUAAAACUGUUCGUUGUUGGUUCAUGUUAGCGCAAAGCCAUGAAAUAAUAUUAAUAGUUACACCACUUGAUUUUAAUAAAUGUAAACACACAUAUUAAGCAUUUAGGAUUUUUAGUAAAUUGUAGGGGUGUCAACGUUAACGCGUUAACGCAUGCGAUUAAUCAAAAAAUGUUAACGUGUUAAUAUUUUUUUAACACAGAUUAAUCGUUUGAUAAGAUUUGACCCCAACUUCUUCCCGUCAUCGCAGCGUGGAAGGUUAUCUAUCAUUGUGUGAUGAGGGUACAGCGAACCAGUGUUGCCAGGGCAGCGGCACAAGUGGGAUAUUUUGAAAAUACAGUCGCGGGAAAAAAUACAGAGACGGGUUGCGGUUUUUUGGGCUACUUUUAUAAUGUACCGCAGCCGCCCAAAGUGUAUAUUGACAAAUAAAAAUUAAAUAGAUCCUUUUACUAAUGUGUAUUACACUUGGAAUGUAUCCCUGGCAACUUAAGAACGGAGAGGCGGGUGUAACAUCACAAACAAUCGAUCAGUCCUCAUUCUGCUGGAUCUAUCUGCCGCGUUUGACACUGUCAAUCAUCAGAUACUCCUCUCCACUCUCUCAUCACUGGGCAUCGCUCUCUUUUCAACCAGAUGAUCCAACGGUAGCUGCAAGGAUCUCAGGUUGCCUGGCGGACAUCUCGGCAUGGAUGAAAGAACAUCACCUCCAGCUCAACCUGGCAAAGACUGAGCUUCUUGUCUUUCCUGCCGCUCCAACUCUACAGCAUGACAUCACGAUCCAGUUAGGUUCAUCAACAAUUACCCCAUCAACUUCGGUCAGAAAUCUUGGUGUAAUCUUUGAUGACCAGCUGACCUUCAAAGACCACAUUGCAAAGACUGCUCGAUCUUGCAGGUUUGCACUACACAACAUCAGAAAGAUCAGGCCCUUUCUGACGGAGCAUGCUGCACAACUUCAACUGCACGACUGGUCUUCAAGGAACCCAAAAGAGCCCAUGUUACACCUCUCUUUAUCUCAUUGCAUUGGCUACCAAUCGCAGCUCGCAUCAAGUUCAAGACACUGAUGCUUGCUCAUAGCACAACCACAGGCUCAGCACCCGCCUACAUGCACUCACUAUUAAGAAUCUACAUUCCCUCCAGAAGUCUGAGAUCUGCUAGUGAGCGACGCCUCGUGGUACCAUCACAAAGAGGCUCAAAAUCACUCUCCAGAACAUUCUCGUUCACCAUUCCUUGCUGGUGGAAUGAUCUUCCCACCCAUAUUCGGAGUACUGGAUCCCUGUCAAUCUUCAAGCAACAGCUGAAAACUCAUCUCUUUCGACACUA